UAUACAAAUGACUGUAAAACAUGUUCCCCAAAUUAAACAUGCUUUGAAACUACCUUUAGACAUAAACUAAGCAAACAGCCUGCAUGCUGCACAUUAUCAUGUACAUCUAGUGAUGAAUCACUACUAUGGUAUGAGACACACCCCUCUGGAACCAGUAGAACAGCUACGGGCAAAGGAGGUCUGCAAAGCUCCACCUCCCCCCUGACUCAUCUGAGACAAAACAGGAAACGGUUUAUUCCUCUUUUGUUUAAAAGGACAGACACACCGACUAAGAAACAGGCGAUCAGAUUCACCCCCACAACAAACAAAGAACUCCUGCUGAGUGAGCAGACUCCAAAACCACAACACUACUGCUUCAACCUGCUGAUUCUCCAAACGCUGAAGUUUCCCCUCGGGCGUGACAUGGCUUUCAGAUCAGAGGAGAAUCUGAGCUGCUCGAUCUGUCACGACAUCUUCAGAGAUCCAGUCGUUCUGUCAUGCAGCCACAGCUUCUGCAAAGACUGUCUGCAGAGCUGGUGGACUGAGAAACUAAUGUGCGAGUGUCCGGUUUGUAAGACAGUUUCUCCAAAUAAACACCCGCCUGUAAGCCUGGUGCUGAAGAACCUGUGUGAGGCCUUCAUGUUGGAGAAGGAUAAGAACCCUCCUGAGGAUCUCUGCACCUUACACUCUGAGAAACUCAAACUGUUCUGUCUGGACCAUCAGCAGCCUGUGUGUCUCGUCUGCAGGGAUUCAGACACGCACACAAACCACACAUUCAGACCCAUUGAUGAAGUCGCACGGCAACACAAGAGGAAACUUCUGGAGUCCUUGAAAGAAAAAUUGCAGAUUUUCAGAAAAGUAAAACUGAAGUGUGACCAAACGGCAGAACACAUUAAGGUCCAGGCCCGGCACACAGAGAGGAGGAUUAGGAAGCAGUUUAAGAAGCUUCACCAGUUUCUAAAACAGGAAGAGGAGGCGAGGGUGGCUGCGCUGAGGGAAGAGGAGGAGCAGAAGAGUCAGAGGAUGAAGGACAGGAUGGAGGCUCUGAGCAGAGAGAUAGAUGCUCUCUCAGAAACGGUCGAUGCCACAGAGGAGGAGCUCAGAGUUAAAGACGUCUCCUUCUUACACAACUACAAGGCUGCUGUGCAAAGAGUCCAGCAGCGCCCCCUGCUGGAUGAUCCUCAGCUGCUCUCUGGGGCUCUUAUAGACCAGACCAAACACUUGGGGAACCUGAGCUUCAACAUCUGGAACAAGAUGAAGGACAUGGUCUCUUACACUCCUGUUAUUCUGGAUCCAAACUCUGCUCAUCCAGAACUCAUCCUGUCUGAUGACCUGACCAGCGUCAGACUCGGAGAGGAGAAGCAGCUUCCCGACAAUCCAGAGAGGAUUGAUAAUUAUAACUCUGUCCUGGGCUCUGAGGGUUUUAACUCAGGGACUCACAGCUGGGAUGUUCUGGUUGGAAACAGUAAAGUCUGGACGCUGGGUGUUUCUGCAGAGUCCGUCAGGAGAAAGGGGCGCCUGCAGUCUGGACUCUGGGGGAUAUGGUUCGAUGAAGGGGAAUACUCGGCGUGGUCACCACCAGCUCCAGCCACCGAUCUCUUACUGGGGAGGAAGUUUGAGAGGAUCAGAGUGAAUCUGGACUGGGACAGGGGAACUCUGUGUUUCUCUGAUCCGGAUACAAACACACACAUUCACAUGUUCAAAGACUUGUUCACUGAGAGGCUGUUUCCCUACAUUAACACAGUGGAUGAACUCCCACUGAGGAUAGUUCCACUGAGGGUCCGUGUGACCGUGGAAAAGACUGUUUGAGACAGAGAACAUUGAACUUGUGAUAUUUUAAUCUUAGAAGAAACAUUUACUGUAUAAGCUCCUGCUGUCCUUUCAUUUCAAGGAUCAGCUAAAAUUACACAUGACACUCACUGGUCUCAACGUGGCACUACAACAACCACGAUUACAGCUUCAAAUCCUUUAACAAAGGCUUCUUUAAUUAUUUAUUAUUUUAACCUGUGAAUAUAUUUGUGUCUUUGCAUAAACCAUUGGUUCCCCAACCUGUGGUUUGGGCCCUGGAGGAAGUGACAAGAGUUUGUCUGACGUAGAUUAGGUUUGCACAUUUGAACUAAAAUCAUAAUAAUAUACAUUUUCGGCGCCUCUGAAGUCACACAAGUAAAAAAAUCAGGGGCCUAAGUACGAAGAGUCGCUAAGACAAUUCUCAGAAUCAGGACAUUUUCUAAGAAUUUCCCCUCAAAGUUAAAGACUAGAUCCUUGUAAAGAUAAAAGUUAUUCACAAAGUGUCUCAGCCCUUAAGAGAGCUCCUAAGGUGUCAAACUGUGAGGAGUAGUGAGGAGGACUUUAAACAGGAUGAAGAGCUUCUCAAGCUGAGGAGAAAACGGAGAAAGGUUCUGCAGACACUGCAUGAAGAAGAAUCUUUUUGACUCAUAGUCGGGCAGAACAGACAGACGUUAUUUAUGUAGACAUCUCUGACUUUCUUCAGUACAAAGUGAGACAUACAUGUUGGAUUUGUCUACAAGCCUCUUCACCUGCUGGUGUAACUCUCAGUAUGUGAAGAAGCUGCUGCACAAGUGAGCAUUUUAAACAUAUCAUAUCAAACUAAAAGUCAUUGCUCAUAUUUUUUAAGCUAAGGUAGGAGCUCUCUGGGAGGAUUCUCUGAAUGUUUGUGAAUAUGGGUUCUGAUCUUGUUGUAUGAUAACUUGUGUGUACAAGAUAAUAACUCGCACAAAAUGCAAGUUCGGAAGAUUUCAAAGGCAGUCUGUCUGCACAUUUUCUAGAAAUGUUCAUGUGUAAAAACAGCUCAAUGUAAAAAAAAAAAAAAAAAAAAAAUUAAAUGUUUGGGCCUUUUGCCUUCAUUGGAGAGGACAGCUGAAGAGAGACAGGAAAUGUUGGGAGGGGAGAGUGCAGGAUGACAUGCAGCACAGGGUAGAGGUCGGAUUUGAACCCAUGGCUGCUGGGACGAGGACUAUUGCCUCUGUACAAGGGGGCAUGCGACAUAAACACUAGGCUAUCCGGCGCCCAUAGAGGCAAAUGUAGGAGCAGUUUCUACAAGAAGAAGAAGAAGAAGAAGAAGAAGAAGAAGAAGAAGAAGAAGAAGAAGAGGA